AUGACGAUCACACCUCGAUCAAAGAUUCCUCCGCGGAUGAAGAAUAUCUCUCCGAGAUCCUCCCCGGACGACGAAGAUCUCUCCAAGGUCGAAGAAGAUCUUUCCGAGGACGACGAAGAAGAAGAUCUCCCCAAGUUCGAAGAAGAACCCUUCGACUUCGGUUAUAUCUCUGAACCCGAAGACUACUCCAUGUUCGAAUCCCCGAUUUGUCGAGGGCAGACACGCCUCUUCUGGAACUUGGAGCAGUAUCCAAUCUCUGAAAGUGCCAAUCUUGUUUCUAUUCAUCGAAACAUCAAGUUAGCUCUUCACCGAGUGGGAGUUCAUGGUUUCCUGGAAAUCCUUGCUUAUGGUGGUGUCAAACCCAACCGCGACGAACGUGACUUGUACGAGGCCUGUAUUCAUUACAUGCCACCGUAUAAAGGGGGUCAACUGUCGAUUGCUGGUCAAAUUUCUCUCGACAUUGUUCGUUUCGCACAAGGAUUGUAUCCUCUAAGAACAGCUUUUGUGGUAAUCUCAAAACAUAUCCCAGAAAUUGAGGAGACGAAGAGGGUUCUUCGGUGUUUGCAAACGAGAUAUCAACACCCUGUUCUCAUUGUAGACCCGACAGCACAUGAUGAUGGUAGCUUUUUCCCCUUUGAGUCUGCAGACUCGGUGUAUGCUCGUACACAAUUUGUAGAUGGAGGACAGUCUAGGCCACGGAUUCCUCGUUCCCAGCGUUGGAGAGAGGUCGAAGAGGCUGCGACAGGCGUCUUCUGGGAUGCAAAGGAUUGCCCAUUCCCUGCUGGUUGGAGUGCUGAUACCAUCUAUACGAAAAUCAGAUCAGCUUUUACUGAAGCGUAUUGUGUUAGUGGUAACAUGUCAAUCUCUUCUUAUGCUGAUGAGAUGAAUAACGAGUCUUGGAACAAGCCGCCGGAAUCGGAAUCGGAAUCCAGAAUCAACCACUUAAUUCUCGCAGGGGAUAAACCCGCGAGACUUGAGAGAAUGUUUAAUGACAUGCUUUUAUGGUUAAUCCACAAAUUCCUGAUGAUUAACUAA